AAAUCGAAGUCUCGACGACGUGUCCAGCAUUAGCCACAUUACGGACUCAAACAUCAGUCUUCAAGUCUGGGCGCUCGUUGAAGUUUUGUCUACUUUAUCCUAGUCGAGCUGGACAACCGCUAACAAAACUCUACAAGGCACGUCGUCAAGCGUUCAGAGAUCAAGUGGGGAAUAUGUUCGUGAGAACUAUGCCGGCUGCAGAAAAGUUCCAGGAGUGACUUUGUGGAGUAAAAGAGGAGCCCCCACGCCACGAAGACUCGACUAUGUGCAAAAUGAUGCACGCAAAGGUUGUUCUUCGCAGACUCGAAGAUCGUCUUGAGCACCAGGAGUCUGCAUGCGUCAAGGGGGAGGAGGAAGAGUGUCCAUGCACCAAGGAGAAGGAAGAGUCGCCAUACAUCAAGGAGGAAGAGUCUGUUCACAUUAAAGGUUUCAGAAGAAAUCUUGGUGCUGAGCCAGAAUCUUCUGGCAUAAAAGAGGAUGUUGAGCUCCCCCAAAUCAGAGAGGAGGAGAAGGAGGGAGAACAGCAACUUCCAGUCGAAAAGGAGGAUGACCAGCUGCCAUUUGGUAAAGAGGAGGAGCAUAUCAACAGGUUGACUGGUGAGCCCUUGAAGAGUGAAGAUGGUCCGAGUGAGGCCAGCAGAGGGGGGAGUCGCAGCAGCUCAACAGAAGGAUUGCAAGCAGAUAUUUACAUUCCUCCAUCAGACAGAGAUGGCGCCACGUCACACUCAACUUACAAGGAUGAUGGUCAUAAGACAUCUCGCGGUGACGACAAACUCUGCAAAUGCUCUCAGUGCGGGAAAACCUUUGCUACUAAGCAAAAUUGUCGUAUGCAUAUGAGGAUACACACUGGUGAAAAACCUUAUGUCUGCUCAGUUUGUGGUCAAAGAUUCACUCAAAAGCAAACCUUACAAAGUCAUGCAAGAACCCACACUGGAGAAAAACCUUUUUCCUGCUCCGUUUGUGGUCAAGGAUUCAGUCGUUCAGAUACCUUUAAACAACACGAAAGAACCCACACUGGAGAAAAACCUUUUUCCUGCUCCAUUUGUGCUAAAAGAUUUGCUUUCAAGCAAACCUUAAAAGGACACACAAGAACCCACACUGGCGAAAAACCUUUUUCCUGCUCCGUUUGUGCUAAAAGAUUUGCUUUCAAGCAAACCUUAAAAGGACACACAAGAACCCACACUGGCGAAAAACCUUUUUCCUGCUCGGUUUGUGAUCAAAGAUUUGCUCAGAAGGCACACUUAAAACAACACACAAGAACCCACACUGGCGAAAAACCUUUUUCCUGCUCAGUUUGUGGAAAAGGAUUCACUUCAAAGAGCGAUCUAAUAAUUCACACAAGAACCCACACUGGAGAAAAACCUUUUUCUUGCUCAGUUUGUGGUCAAAGAUACGCUAAAAAGCAAACCUUACAAAGUCAUGCAAGAACCCACACUGGAGAAAAACCUUUUCCCUGCUCAGUUUGUGGUCAAAGAUUUUCUCGGAAGCAAUACUUGGAAGAACACCUAAGAGCCCACACCGGGGAAAAACCUUUUUCCUGCUCAGUUUGUGGUCAAGGAUUCAGUCGUUCAGAUACCUUUAAAAAACACGAAAGAACCCACACUGGCGAAAAACCUUUUUCCUGCUCGGUUUGUGAUCAAAGAUUUGCUCGGACGGCACACUUAAAACAACACACAAGAACCCACACUGGCGAAAAACCUUUUUCCUGCUCAGUUUGUGGCAAAGGAUUAUCUUCAAAGAGAGAACUAACACUUCACACAAGAAUCCACACUGGAGAAAAACCUUUUUCCUGCUCAGUUUGUGAUCAAAGAUUUGCUUGCAAGAAACACUUAAUAGGACACACAAGAAUCCACACUGGAGAAAAACCUUUUUCCUGCUCCGUUUGUGCUAAAAGAUUUGCUUUCAAGCAAACCUUAAAAGGACACACAAGAACCCACACUGGCGAAAAACCUUUUUCCUGCUCGGUUUGUGAUCAAAGAUUUGCUCAGAAGGCACACUUAAAACAACACACAAGAACCCACACUGGCGAAAAACCUUUUUUCUGCUCAGUUUGUGGAAAAGGAUUCACUUCAAAGAGCGAUCUAAUAAUUCACACAAGAACCCACACUGGAGAAAAACCUUUUUCUUGCUCAGUUUGUGGUCAAAGAUACGCUAAAAAGCAAACCUUACAAAGUCAUGCAAGAACCCACACUGGAGAAAAACCUUUUCCCUGCUUAGUUUGUGGUCAAAGAUUUUCUCGGAAGCAAUACUUGGAAGAACACCUAAGAGCCCACACUGGUGAAAAACCUUUUUCCUGCUCGGUUUGUGAUCAAAGAUUUGCUCGGAAGGAACACUUAAAACAACACACAAGAACCCACACUGGCGAAAACCCUUUUUCCUGCUCAGUUUGUGGCAAAGGAUUAUCUUCAAAGAGAGAACUAACACUUCACACAAGAAUCCACACUGGAGAAAAACCUUUUUCCUGCUCCGUUUGUGGUCAGGGAUUCGCACGGAGAAAAACCUUACAGAGUCACGAAAGAAACCACACUGGUGAAAAACCUUUUUCCUGCUCCGUUUGUGGUCAAAGAUUCGCUCGGAAGGAUUGGAUAAAGAGACACGUGUGUGUUGGUGUGGGAAGCAGUGGCAAAUGACUUAUUUUGCCUGUCAUCCAUCCUGGCUUCAUCAGAUCUUGCACCCAGGACGAUUGUAUUCCGUUGAACUUUCUUAAAUCCUGUUGAGGAUUGGCACGUUUAGUUCCUUGCUCAGUCCAAUCGUUGUAUGAUGUGCAUCCACCCUAUUGCCAAAACCUCACCUGAUUGAACUCUCUCAAGUAGCAUUUUUUUAUAUAAUACUCUCCCUCUAAAGCUAUACUUUUCACAUUUAUUAUUUGAAACGGCAGACCCCAAAUUCCAAAAAUUCAAAAUCAUUCAUAAAUAAUGUCAUUAAAGAAAUAUGGAAAAUGAGGAUAUAUUGUUCAAUGUUGCAAAAUAAUAGUAAAAGAAAUAUUGGCUCACAUAUUAAUUUUUUGUGGUGGGAUUAAUGUAUAUUUCAUUUUUUAAAAUUACUAUUACAUUCCUACUCGUGAUUGACGGAGGCAUGUUACAACGGAGUAUGAGUGCCUAAUAAAGAAAAACGGUGUUGGGGAGAGAGAAAAAAAGUUUUGGUAUAUCAUUUUUUUGAAAAAAAUUAGUCUCGACUGUAAUACAUAAAACGUACAAAAAAUUGUAUAUUUAACUUUAGAGACUAAAUUUACGUUGAAAAUGUUUUUGUUUGUUAAUAACAUGGUCACCACCUGACACCUUGCUUACUACAAGGGUAAAGUUGAAUAAGGCGCUAUAGGAACGAAAAAGUUCACUGUUCAGAGGAAGCAUUACCAUGGCGCAAAAACGAUUUUUUAGUAUCCAAAAACUGUGAAAUUAUAUAAAAUUCAAUUGAAAGUCGAAAAUGAUUAGGAUUAUGAUGAUAGUUUUGUAAUAGUGCACAGUGAGGAAAAGUUAGCUGCAGAUUUAGACUGUGGAGUCCAGAAAGGAAAUCUAUAUUUGUUGUCUUCAAAUAGGGAGGAUAAAUUUUUUUUUUUUUUUUUAGCUAAAGUAUUAUUUGUUAUUGCUGUUGAGCUUCCGCUGUGUAGAGCGCUGUUGGUUAUCUGUGUGCAAUUUGGGGUGUUAAACCGAGUCUUAUUGGACUUUAGCUUUCAAAUGUGUUCGUGUGUCAUUGCGCCGUCUAGCUGCUGGGAUUUGCAUUAUCAUACACUGGCACUUCUAUUUCCAAUACCAAAACUCCUAACACACACAGUAGUCGAAACAGAACGUUGUCUUUGUAGGAGCCUAGUACGUAAACUAUCCGGCAUUAUGGAGAUAGAAUAGUGCCAAAAGAUGUGAGGUUGUAAAAUGAAAAUUAUCCCUGUAAAAUGACCAAUUUUAACUAAAAAACAAAAAAAAAAAGCUCGAAGGAAUAAAUUGUUCUACAGGUUGUUUUUUUCUGUUUUCAAGUAUUUUUUUUGUUUUUUUUUGUUCUACAGGUGUUUUUUCUUCACUAUGGGUUAAAAAUGACCAAUUACAAGUG